CAGAGACUCAUUUGACGUACUACGUGUUAAAGAAUUUAUGGCUUUUUGUACGCCAUAUAUUAGUGUGCAUAUGCCGUUUAUCAAAGUUCUGGCUCCGAUUCGUUGACAAUGAAUAAUCUUCUGUUAACAUCAAAGCUUGUAAUCAUGUUACUCAGGACUUCUUAUGCGGCAGGACGCUUCAUUCAGUUGUCUCUGCUCGUUCUCUCCUAGAUGGAAUCCCUAGGAGUCGCUCUGAUCACAGGCUCUGCCCAGGGAAUCGGCAGAGCCAUUGCUCUCCGACUUGCAGAUGACGGCUUCAACAUCUCGCUCAAUGAUCUUCCUUCAACGAGAGCAGAACUUGAUGUCCUAGCCUCCGAAAUAGCCUCCAAAGGCCGUAAAUCUCAUAUAGUCACUGGAGACGUCUCUUCCGAAUCUGACGUACAAAAAAUGAUCCGCUCGACAGUCCAAACAUUAGGAUCCCUCGACGUAAUGGUUGCUAAUGCAGGCAUAUGCAUUGCAAAAAGUAUUCUGUCUACCUCUACAGAAGAAUGGGAUCGAAUCGCUGCAGUUAACGGUCGUGGCACCUUUCUCUGCUACAAGUAUGCAGCAGAGCAGAUGAUUAAUCAAGGUCAUGGCGGGAGAAUUAUCGGGGCAUCGUCCAUCUCUGGCAAGCAAGGAUCCCCUAACCUACCUGCAUAUGGCGCCUCCAAAUGGGCUAUACGUGGGCUUACGCAAAGUGCCGCGCGUGAGUUCGGUAAAUACGGUAUCACUGUUAAUGCCUAUGCUCCAGGUGCAACUGAAACCAACAUGACCCAAGUCGUCGGCAUUGCUAGUGCAGUCAACCCUGGUGAUCCCGAACAGUUCUAUAAAGAUGUGAGAGGAAGGACUGAUGUAGGAAGAAACGGGACACCCGCUGACGUCGCCAGCUUGGUAUCGUACCUCGCUUCCAAGGAGGCUAGCUUCAUAACGGGUCAAUCGGUACGAUCCACGCCUGCUCGUAUAGUACACCUCAUCUAUUGCAUCACUAGGUCUCCAUCAAUGGGGGCGGUUUCUACGACUAGGACAAGUAGUUACCUCCCUCGACUUUGUACGAUAUACGCAAUGAAGCGCAGGAUUUAACCGACGGUAAAAUGUUCGGGUCCGAAACCUCGUUACUAGAUUCAGCUCCCUCACCAUGUGCCACUACCUUAGUAUAACGCGCCCGAAUGAUUAUUGCUAGGCUACGUGAAUUUUUCCAGGGAUCCGCCUGUACGGU